AUGUCUCUGACCAAGAGCGAAAGGGCCAUCAUCAUGUCCAUUUGGGACAAGAUCUCCAUGCAAUCUGAGAUCAUUGGCACUGAGACUCUGGAGAGGCUGUUCUCAAGCUUCCCGCAGACCAAGACCUACUUCCCGCACUUCGACCUGCACCCAGGGUCGUCACAGCUGCGCAYGCACGGCUCCAAGGUGGUGGGCGCCAUCGGCGAUGCGGUCAAGAACAUCGACAACAUCGCCAGCGCCCUGACCAAGCUGAGCGAGCUGCACGCCUACAUCCUGCGCGUGGACCCGGUCAACUUCAAGCUCCUGUCCCACUGUCUGCUGGUUACCCUGGCCACGCACUUCCCUGCCGAAUUUACUGCUGAGACCCACGCCGCCUGGGACAAGUUCCUGUCUAUCUUGUCCUCCAUCCUCACUGAGAAAUACCGUUGA